CGUCAUUUUAUUUCCAAGUGCAAUUGAAAGUAAAAAAAAUCCCCAAAUCCGACGGUAAAACUCUGACCAUGAUCAGCGUUCUCGCUCAGGAGCGGUUGCUUGGUGCUGCACUAGGAAGCGCGUUGACGGGGAUCGUAGUAUUCGAGCAACGAAAACGCAUCUACGAAUCUAUUUCGGAUCACCAAUCUCAACUCGCUUCUCAAUCUCAGAUGAAAGAGCCCAUAUUUGGAAAGAAAUCUCGCUCAGAGUUUGCACUUCUAUGGAACAAAGCUGUGGACCAUAUAUUUGUGCCAGUAAUUGAGUCCAUUAGUUCACGUGGAUGGUAGAAGAAUUGGAGUAAUUUUACAAUCAACUUCUGAUGUGUCUAUUUUUUUCAUAUUAUUGCAUGCAAUGGCUUGCACUUAGUUCUAUCUCUCUUAAUCUUUUGAAAGGGAGCAUGCACAUCCCGGGGCUGUUCUAUGUUGUAAUACUUAACAUAUUAUAAUGGAAAAUGCAAUUUUCCUGGUAUAUCUUCAUUUCUUCUCCUUCUUCCUAGGACUUCAAUGUUUGAGGAGUAGAUUGUUUUGUCUAAACUGUCAAACAUUUGUUUCA